GAAGUGAAUGCGAAGUGGCUAGCUCCAGCUAGGCUCAGGCUGAGCACAGCAGAAUAAACUGGCUUGGUUUUGGAAUAGAGGGCAUUAUCAGUAAGGAAAGGAGUUGUUGACGCGGCUGCGAAUAUGCUGGGAUAAAAUGGAGCACUAUAGACACCCCUUUCCCUCGUCGGAGGUAACUUCAAAAGCUACUGGCACCUUUGCUGUAUUGGAGCCAAGAAAAUAGUCAAGCAAAGGAGAUGGAAAAGAUGACACCUCUCCACUUGUCAUCGGUCACUGCUUCAGCACUCUCAAACAGAGACUGAAAGGAAAGGCGUCCUCUGGCAUACAGACAAGAGGCUGAGACAAAUACAAAACAUCUACAGCCGUAAGCUGCCCUUUGUAAAGCAGAGGAAAUGGCUUUCUUGGACAACCCAGCCAUUAUUCUGGCUCACAUCAGACAGUCUCAUGUGACAAGUGAUGAUACUGGAAUGUGUGAGAUGGUACUAAUAGACCAGGAUGUGGAUCUGGAGAAGUGCCAGCUUGCUCUGGUGCCCGGUAGCAGCUGUGGGUCAACGGGGUCAGGCUCCCUGAGCGAGGGGGGCACCAGUGUGACAGACAGUCAUGCCUGUGACCUUUCCCAAUCCAUGGACAUCACCUCCAGCUGGGACUUUGGCAUCCGUCGGCGCUCCAACACAGCUCAAAGACUUGAAAGACUAAGGAAAGAACGACAGAACCAAAUCAAAUGUAAAAAUAUUCAGUGGAAAGAGAGGACAUCCUCCCAGUCAGUGGACGAUCUGGGGUCUUUGUUUGAAAAGCGGGACUUUAAAGACAGGCCACGGUCAACAGGUACAAAAUCCACCCUUUCAUUACGACUGGAGCAGUGUCCCCAGCAGCUCAACAACCCCUUCAAUGAAUACUCCAAAUUUGAUGGGAAGGGUCACAUUGGCACAACGGCUACAAAGAAGAUAGACGUCUACCUCUCAAUGCAGAUGGCUCAAGAGAAAGUACAUCCAAUGACAGUGGUGACCAUCGCAAACGCUCGUGUCCACGACCUCAUCGGGCUCAUCUGUUGGCAGUACACGAGCGAGGGGCGAGAACCCAAACUCAAUGAGAAUGUGAAUGCGUACUGCCUCCACAUUGCUGAGGACGAUGGUGAAGUGGACACAGACUUCCCUCCACUGGACUCCAAUGAGCCAAUCCACAAGUUUGGCUUCAGCACUCUGGCCUUGGUGGAGAAAUACUCCUCUCCUGGCCUUGCUUCCAGACAGUCACUGUUUGUCAGAAUAAAUGCUGCUCAUGGAUUCUCUCUAAUCCCUGUGGACAGCCUGAAGGUAACGAUGAAGGAAAUUCUCCAGAAAGCACUCAAGAAGAGGAAAGGCUCACAAAAAGGCUCAGGGCCCAUGUAUCGUCUUGAGAAACAGACAGAGCCAAAUGUUGCAGUGGAGUUGGACUCAACACUGGAGAGCCAGAACACCCUGGAGUUUUGCCUGGUCAGAGAAAACAGCUCCAGAGGAGAGGAGAGCUCAGAGGAAGACCCUCCUAUUGAUAUCACCUCGGUCCAAGACAUGUUGAGCAGUCACCACUAUAAGUCCUUCAAAAUCAGCAUGAUUCACAAACUGCGUUUCACCACAGAUGUCCAACUAGGCAUUUCAGGAGAAAAAGUGGAGAUUGAUCCUGUGACCAAUCAGAAGGCCAGUACUAAGUUCUGGAUUCGUCAAAAACCCAUCUCCAUCGACUCGGACCACCUCUGUGCCUGUGACCUUGUAGAGGAAAGAAGCCCCAGUCAUGCAAUAUUUAAGCUCACUUAUCUCAGCAACCAUGACUACAAGCCUCUCUACUUUGAGUCUGAUGCUGCUACUGUCAAUGAAAUAGUUCUAAAGGUGAACUACAUCCUGGAGUCCCGGGCCAGCACCUCCCGGGCUGAUUACUUUGCCCAGAAGCAACGGAAACUAAGUCGGCGGACUAGCUUUAGUUUCCAGAAGGAGAAGAAGUCCGGCCAGUAGACAGAAUGAAGCUGCUCAGCCAUCUGUCUUCCUGUGUGUGAAUGCACACAGACAAAUUUACAAGGCCUGGUAGUGCUACUCAGAGAGCAUCAUGCUAGUUCUCAACCGCCUAGGUGUGGAGACUGACAGAUAUGUCACAUCAGAGAAGAUAAGUGGAAGAGAGUGACGGGCUGAAAACAGGCCAGGACCAUGUGUCUGCUUCAGCUCAUCAAGGUGGAAGCCUCAGGAUCUUCACAUGUGAAUGAUUCCUAGAGCAAUAGGAAACUCAUUUCUUUUCCUGAAAAUGAAAAAGACUGAAAACAACUGUGGAUAGAGUUUUGUCGUUGUAAUUUCUUUUUCUUUGUUAAUUCACAUCCUCUGAAUUCAGGCUCCGUCCUUAAGGAUGGAUUUAUACAGCUUCAACAAGAUGUUUAUGUACACCCAGCAAACAAAUCAAAGCUAUGUGCUGAGCUAUGCUUCUGUCCUCCUCCUCCUUCAUCAGAUUGAACACAUUUUUAAUGUUCUGUACAUAGACAUUUUAUAUUCAUGAAAUGAAAUAAUAAUGAUGAUGUAGAAAUAAAUUCACCCACUUUGGAUUUUA